AUGGACGGCAGCUUCUACAGCACGCCGCCGCGAGGUCGACGUGAUCUUCUGCCACGCCUGGCAAAGAUCAAGACUCCAGCGCGCACCACCCGGUCUACUGCCCUCUACUUCUCCGACAUCACCACCUCUCCCGAGUCCGAGACUACCCCCCAGCUCGAGCUCGAAGACGAUCUCCCUCGCCGCGUCUUGCGCAAACGAAAGGCCAACAACACUGCUGUUACCGCCACCGCUACUGCUCCCAAGCGUCGACGCCGAGAACCGACUGUUUUCAGGAAGCAAUUCGGAGCUGAUGCGACCGAGGCAGAUCGCCUGACAGACCAUACGCCCCGAGUAUUUCCCCCGUGGAGCACUCUUCCGUACCAUGUCUGGCUGCGCGUCUUCCACUAUAUUGCCGUACCAAUUCGCAACGUUUCUUCGCGGGGCGAGGAUGUGACCGAGGCAGUCGGCAGCCUACUUGCUGCUUCACGCACUUGCAGAGCCACCUGCGAGCCAGCUUUGGCCAACUUGUACAAAUGCCCGCCUUUCUACCAGGCCUUUUUCACCAAGUCACCACACGCGACCUUCUCCCAAUUCAUCCAGACCCUGAGUCUCCCUCCUGCCGAUACCAUCGUCAAAUACCGCCCCAAGGUAGAGAUACUGCGCAUCGACGUCGAUGCCUUCUUGAGCCGGAAGUACAGUAGUGGCCACAUGACCCUACAGCGCGUCAUCCAGAAUCUCCCUCGACUGUCUCAUUUGGAGCUGUAUCUUCAACUCGAUCAACCGCUUUCGCGGGGCCUCGAGUAUAACAUUAGAUGGAAGCUGAGUGAAGACGACCUGAUGCAAGCAUUCGAGCCAAUCCCGGGUGGAGACAAGGCACUGGGGGAUAAGACGACGGCGACUCAGCUGCAGAGCUGGCGAUGGAACGCUCGUCUCGUGCGAGAUGCCUUCUCUCUCGAUCGACAACCAGAGAUUCAUCAGAAACCGAGUUUCGCAAGCAUCCGCAAGGUUGCUUACGUGAACUACCAACUUCCGUCUUUGAGCCUUUCGGCCAAGCAGCGUGGGACUGAUGAGGUCAAAGAGCGCGAUAGACAAACGGUUGCUGACCUUGCUGCGUCUAUCUCAGCACUUCCCAACUUGCAACACCUGAUACUGGAGUCAUCAACAGUCGCUAAUGGCUCCCUGCUGGUACUCCUGCCUAAUACCCUCAAGCACCUCGAGUUGAUCAACUGCUGGGAGAUCGUCAGCGAUGACGUUGCGAACUUCUUGUCAUCGCACGGCCGCUUCUUGCAGACGCUCACGGUAAAACAUUGCCAGUCGUUAAGCCUGGGCUUUCUCACUGUUCUCGGAACUGCAUGUCCCCAGUUGACUCAUCUCGAUGUCGACCUCAACUACUUCAGACAUCAUGAAUCGUACGCCGAUAACAAACCGGACUACGACGCACUUCUUGAAGACGAUCAGGUUCCGACGUGGCCAGCAACAAUGCAGUCCAUUGAGAUCAAUCACAUGCGUAAUUGGAGUCGCAAAGCGGCUGAGAACUUCUUUGGAAGCCUCGUGGAUAGUGCCCCUGCACUUCCCCAUCUUCGAAGACUCGUCUUCAAGGCCAGCAUCGAUGUCGCAUGGCGUCAACGUGCCGAGCUGUCGAAACAGUUGGUCGAGAAGAUGACCCGAGUCUUUAAGAGAAAGUCUGAAGCACCGAAGGAUCAUCGAACGUUGCGCCCAGCCAAAGUAGAACCAAAAGUCAACGGAUGGAAGCAUGUCGAGAGCUCAUUACCGGUAACACGUCGAAGCAUGCGUCUUGCUGAUCAACCGUCUGCGCUGCCCUCGCUCGACAGUACCGUAUUCACAUUUGGGACGAGAGAGCCUCGAAGAGUGUCCGCCGUUGGCAAGGACUUCAAAUCGUUGAAGAUUGGCACGUCAAUCUUUGACGCCGACGAUGAGGACAGUGAGGAUGAGUUAGCCGCUGAGUAUUUCGACUCGCCGCGACCUAAACGCAGGUUGGUGAAAUCGAAGAAGCCACAACCGAGCAACGACGAGUUCUACCAUGGGCUUUGUGACCUUGUCCACGUCUACAUUGACAACCAGAGGCCCAGAGAGCGGCAGCUUGACAUGGAGGACUUCUUAGAUUCGCCCGACGGGUCAGACUCUGAAUGGGAUGGUGGUGACCGCGACGUCUUGUGA